AUGCGAAUUUGGUGUUUCAAGGCCAAGUCCGGUCCAAAGGAAGCUUCUCCUCUUCUUUCUCGCGGCCUCCCUCCAGGGGCUGGAGCCCGGGGUGGCCGGGCGGUUGGGGGCGCCGUACGCCCCCUCCCCGCUCAGGGAAAGUUCCGCGGGUUCAUCUCCGGUCGGGGCAGGCCUGGCCCGCCGACGGCCCUACCCGGCCGAGCGGCCGCAAACACCCCGCCCGGCAUCUGCACCCGGAGGGUCGCGCCCCCUCCCCGCGCAGCCGCCACAAACACCCCGCCCCCGCCUGCCCGCCACCGCCCUCGCAGAACGUUAACCCCUCGUAGUCCGCCGCCCGGCUCGGGGGAGGAGGCCGGGCCAGGGGGUGGAGUUGUCGCGUCUCCUCCCGGGAGCGCCCGGGCAGACGCCCGGCUUGUUUACAGGCCCGCGCCGCCCGCCCGCCCUCGGCCCCAGCGUCGCGCUUACCCGGAGCAGCCGCGGGCAGGCAGGUCCCUGGUCGGCCGAGGCUGCGGCGGCCGGGGAGGGGGCGGGAAGGGGGUCACCGCGGCGGCGGCCGGCCAGGUCAGGCCGGGGAGGGGGCGGAGGAGGGGAGGAGCCGGGCUGCGUCCGGGCCCCCGGCUCUCGGCGCCCUCGCGGCUCAGAUCAUCCGGGCGUUGGAGCGGGAGGCGGAGAGCGGGUCCCGGAGGAGGAGGAGGAAGAGCCGAAGAUUCAUCGCUUACGCACCCCACCUGCCUUAGCGCCCCCCCACCCCCCUCCCCAACCACCGGCUGCCGAGCUGCCGCUGCCGGAGCACCCGAAGCUGCGGGCCGGGCCAGUGCGGAGACCACAGCUCCCUCGCUCCCGCGCGCGCUCCCGCCCCUAGCGCCGCCGCCGCCGCCGCCGCCUCCAGCGCGUCCCCGCGCAGGCGCGCUCACGACGGUGCCGUACUACCCCUCCCCCACGCCUCCGCCUGCCACGCUCCGCCCCGUGGGCUCAGAGGCCCCUACAGCUGCGGCGCGGCGGAGCAGCUGGAGAGACCCGGAUGUCGUUGGGCAGGAACUGCAGCGCGCGCUGGCUAACGGGGGAGGGGUGCAGUUGCGGCCUGAUCGCGGCCUAGCUGCUGCGGCUCUAAGGCAUGCUUGUUGUCAGGCCACCGCCAGAUCCCUCUCCCUCAAGCCUCCACACUUCCGGAGCCAUCCUUGCCCCAGCGACCUCGGGAGACCUACGCAGACAUGGGAUCUAACAACAGGAUCAAACAAUAUCACCAAAAGAUCACUGGCAGGCUGCUUCUUCAAGGAACCCCCAAAUCACCCAAUAUCUUGGAGGUUAGAAUUUCUUAGAGUAAGAUGAAGAUGGAUCAUUUCCAGGUAUAUAAAGUAAAAAUAAAGUUCACUUAUGCAUUUGGUCUCAGUAUCAUCUGAUGACAUAUUUCCUAUAUUUCCUAAUUCUCCCCAUGCUUGCCAAAAAAAAAAAAAAAAAAAAAA